AUGAUUCGGUCCUCUGUGCUUUCCGUACUGGCAUUGAGCUCUGUGGCCCUUGCCAGUCAAGACGAUUUUCAAACAAAAUGCUCUCAAUUUCAAGAUAAGAUUAAUCUACCUCAUGUGAAGGUGAACUUCGCCGAAUAUAUUCCAGGGGGAACCAAUUUGUCCCUUCCGGACAAUGCUCCUAGCUGUGACGCGUCGAGCCAAGAAGUCUCUGUGGAUCUUUGUCGCGUCGCAAUGGCUGUCGAUACAUCCAAUAGCAGUCAAAUUACCCUGGAGGCUUGGUUCCCGCGCGAGUACAAGGGUCGUUUCUUGAGUACCGGAAACGGAGGUCUAUCUGGCUGCAUCCAAUACUAUGAUCUUGCCUACGCUGCACAAUUCGGUUUUGCCACGGUCGGAGCCAACAAUGGGCACAAUGGAACAUCAGGAAAACCUUUCUACCACCAUCCAGAAGUGAUCAAGGACUUCGCCUACAGAUCUAUUCACACGGGUGUUGUGAUCGGCAAAGAGCUUACCAAAAUGUUCUACGACGAAGGUUUCAACAAAAGCUACUACUUAGGAUGCUCCACUGGCGGAAGGCAAGGAUGGAAGUCGGUCCAGAAAUACCCCAAUGACUUUGAUGGUGUCGUUGCUGGAUCUCCAGCUAUCAACUUUGUUAACCUGCUUUCCUGGAGUGCUCACUUUUAUCCCAUCACUGGAUCUCCGUCCUCCGAAACAUUCCUUACCACUGCAGACUGGCAGAUCGUUCAUGACGAGAUCCUGCGACAGUGCGAUACAAUCGAUGGAGCCAAGGACAACAUCAUCGAGGAUCCAGAUCUCUGCAAUCCUAUCCUUGACACCUUGAUUUGCCCUCGCAACGCAACAAAGUCCAGCAAGUGCCUUAGCGGUGCCCAGGUCCGCGCAGCCGACCAGGUUCUAUCCCCGCUAUACGGCGUGAACGGCGAAUUGCUUUACCGAAGAAUGCAGCCUGGAUCCGAGGUUUUAGCUGCCCCUAUCAUGUACACCGGUCAGCCCUUCGAGUACAGUCUGGAUUGGUUCCGCUACGUUGUCUAUAAUGACCCAUCUUGGAGCGGCAAUUUCACUGUUAAAGACGCCGCAGCUGCCUUAGCUCAGAACCCAUACAACAUCCAGACAUGGGAUGGCGAUCUCACCCCUUUCCAGCAAACUGGUGGCAAGGUGCUUCAUUACCACGGCAUGAUGGAUCAACUUAUUAGUUCCGAAGACUCCAAAGAGUACUACUCCCAUGUUGCCGAGACAAUGAAUCUCCCGCCCCAGGACCUGGACGAGUUCUAUCGUUUUUUCACCAUCAGUGGUAUGGCGCAUUGUGGUGAUGGAAACGGAGCCUACGGUAUUGGCCAAGGUGUUGAUACAUAUGCCAGCAGUGAGCCUGAUAGCAACGUUCUCAUGGCUAUGGUCAAGUGGGUCGAGGAAGGAGUCGCCCCUGAACAUGUUCGUGGUGCGAAGUUCGAGGAUGGGUCAGGUACUCCUGUGGAAUAUUGGCGUAAACAUUGUAAAUGGCCCAAGCAUAAUGUUUUCAAGGGCCCUGGAAACUAUACAGACGAGAACUCAUGGGAGUGUGUUUGA